AUGAUGAAGAAAAUAUUUGCCAUGUUGGUAUAUUUGUUAAUUAAGGAUGCUGCUGGUUUAGAAACACGAUCAAUUGGGAAUUCAAGACUUGAAUCGUUUUCGGUUACUUAUUCUGGAAAUCUUCAAAAGUUGAAUCUUCAUUCAAGUCUAUUUUCAAACUUACAAUUUGAAUCAUGCAAUACUAUGUGCGACGAUUUUGAUCCAACAUGCGAUUGUAACACUGCCUCUACAACAGAAACGGAAAUAACUAUUGAUCAAGUUGAGAACUGGAUUGAAAUUAUUAAUAGGAAUUCUCAGGCUGCUGCAAACCCGAUUUUGAAGAGCGAAUCUAGUACAAGUGACACUUCAGAUACAUCAGUUACAAACAAUAUGUAUGUAUGGAUCGGUAUCGGUGUAGGAGCUGUUGUUCUUAUUGGACUGAUUAUAUUCUUUAUUUCUAAAUCCAGAUCUAACAGACAAGGCCAAGAUCCCAAUGCAAACUAUAAUAUGCAAGGAGGAGCGCCAGGAAUGAUGCCAGGAGGUAUGCCAGGAAUGCCAGGAAUGCCAGGAAUGCCAGGAAUGCCUGGUAUGCCUGGAAUGCCUGGAAUGCCUGGAAUGCCUGGAAUGCCUGGCGGUAUGCCAGGAAUGAUGCCUGGAGGAAUGCCUGGAGGAAUGCCUGGAGGAAUGCCUGGAAUGAUGCCUGGAAUGCCUGGUGGGAUGCCAAUGCGAUAA